UCGCGAGCAAACAACAACUGCAAAUGCUCGUCGUCCCUGCGGCGUCAUCUAGAAAUGCAAAUACGGGCACUCUCGUCAAUUGUGUGAUGACGUAGGCUUCGUUGCUUUAGGAGACCUUAGGUCCUCGUUACAAUGGGAGAAAUUACCCUUGAGGGAGCCAUCGCGCUUCUCGCAUCUGAAAAGCAGAGGGAUCGUUCAGAUGGGCUAGCCGAUCUUAAACAUAUACUACAGCAGAAUAGAAAGAACUCUAGACUAAGCACACUCAAUGACAAAGCCUGCCACAAACUCUUUGAGUCCUUAUUCCGAUAUGUUUCGGUGGAAAAGUCCCUGUAUACGCGCUCAAGCUCAAAAGGGGCCUCUGCUUCGCGAUUGUCAUCAUGUGCAUCUGUCCUUCGCACGGCGAUUGAUAUUUUCCUGCAUAAGCUGCGGGCGAAGUCGGUCCGCUCGAUAAUCGAUCAUGUCACAGAGACCGUUUCAGCUCCUGAAGCCCCUCUCGCUGAGGUUCUCGGCGUGGAUUAUAUCAAGUGCUUAACUACUCUACUAAGUUUCCCUCCCCACCUUGAACACCUCGCCGACAACGAAUGGGAUAAGAUCAUGGAGUUUUGCCUGCGAACUGUGGGAUCGCACAAAAGCGACAGCCAAGAAAGUGCGCAGUCCCAUCGCUUGUCUACUUUGGACAGCUUCUUGGCUCCUGCGAGUGGUACCUCAACACCGUCAAGGAUGCCUUCUAGGGGAAAGUCCAGACCUGAUACAAGUGCAGUCACAGAGGCUGUUUUGUGUAUUCAGCUUCUCGUUGGCUGCCCCACAGCUCCAAUCCUCGAUUCGGCCGAGGAGAUUCUCUGUGGGCUGACGAAGCUUUUGGGAUCAUCAAGUCUAGCUGGAAGUGGCUACCAAGCUGCCUUCGAUUGCAUAAACAGAGUCGCGAUGAAGGUAUUGCCUGAACAGUCAGAUCUUGCCCGGGAGUCAAUGCUUAACCUUAUCCCAGUGAUCAGGCGCUUGUGGUCCACCAAGAUCCUGGGCCUGAAGGAUGAAUUGCUUAUCACAUCCAUGCUAUGUGUGAUUAUACUAACCGACACGGCCCAUAAAGAGCCCUCCGAGACUCUAGUGCAAACCAUCGAAGGAUUGCUGGUUGCUCUGCACACUGAGUAUACAAAACGUCCCGAGAAGGAUAUUCUGCAAUUGGAUGAGCUGUCUUUCCACCGCCACACUUCAGCGGGACAGCAGAAAUACUGCAUAUGGCCUCGGCUCGAUGCCGCAAAAUCGGAGCAUAAUUGGUCUGCACUAUGGGUUAUGGCUAAGCUGACUGAGUUAUUGGAAGGUAUCUCUGUGCAGUUAACCCCUCCUGGGAUCAAUUCAAAGGUGAAAAAGCGUCGCCUUACCUCGAUGUCCGAUGACUUGAUUCGAGAUUCCACAACAUCUUCAGGCGCGAGAAGAGUCUGCGCCUUACAAUUAAUACCUUUUCUUCGCAGUUCGUAUACGAGCAUUGAGUCCAAAGCCAUGCUGCUUGAACGAUUGCUUCCUAGUAUGCUUGACGACAACAGUGCCAUCUCUAUAUGGACGAUGGUAGCCAUAGCAAGCAUUGCAAGCAGCCUCAAUGCAGGCCUGCCGCCUUUGAGACCAUAUUGGGAACAGGCCUGGGAGCUUGCGUCUCGAGCGUCAAGCUCUCAAGCAACGUCCAGAGCAGCUUGCAAUCUCAUGCACAACAUUCUUCAUUUUCAUCUUUUAGACUACUCUAUGAUUGCCCAGUCAAUAAACUCGAUGCUCUCUCAUAGCAACCUGGACGGGCAGUCUGCUCUGUCAGAUGCAUCUUUAGCACUUUGGGCUACAGUCGUUCGUAAGACGGCCCAGAUAAACCCUGGAUUGGUCACGGAAGCCUCUAGUAAAAUUUCGUCCUGGCUCCGCGAAUCGUGGACUAUAGGAACUGUGACAGACCGCUUAUAUACAGCACAGGUUGCCUCAUUUGCUCGCCCGCUAGAGAUCGUCAAUGUGCUGUUUGCCUGUACCAAUAGACGACUUACAAUGCCCAGAUGUCGGUACGGGGGACCCAACAGUACCGUUGCCAAAGGUUGGCAAUACUUCCUUGAGAAGAAACAGCUUUUGAAUUAUCUAUUCGAACUCGAAGAUUUGCUAGAUAGCGCGGAUAUAUGGAACGCCCAAGAGCCACUUCUCUUGAAUGCAUUCGCUCGAUCUGAUCCAAAUGAUCAUAUCAUUCUUGAUUUAUUGCAUACAAGAUCCGAGGGUCUCUUGCAAGCAUGGAAGUCAUUAUCAACCGACAAAUCACAUCAUAUCACAGCGGAUAUAGUGCAGAUAGUGGUGUCCUUCUGUGUCACAGUGGCGCUGUACACGGAAUGCCUACCAGAACAAGUUGCAGAGCGAACGCCUAGUCUACACAAAAAUAGUCGGUCGCUCUGGGAAAGCUUAUGUUCAUUCAUGCACUCACGAGAGCCAGUAUUCUUACAUGCUUGCUUAGCGAUCCUGUCGCCAUUCCUGACACCGGAAAAUCUGCUUUCUGCUCGCGAGUCUGUUGUAUCGAGGGCUCUAUCCUGCUUGUUUGGUCCUCUUGCGGAGUUACUGGAGAACUGUCGAGAACAACAGAAAGAAAGUCUGAACUCUCAUGAUGAAGAGACAAUGGAAUUGGAUGACCCACUUCUCACGGAUCUUGAUCGAUUGGCAGAUGUUACAGGCAUACUGAAGAACAACCGGGAAGCACUCCCAUUGCUUCAGGAUGGUGCCACAUUUCAGCGUUGUGUUACUGUUCAAGUAACUUGCUUCCAGAAGGUCUACACUUAUCUCAGUUCCCCUGACCAGCUGUCAAGUAGUGAUGGCCUUGUUAGAUACUUGACCAGUCUUGACGAAGUUGACAUCUUGUCUGCUCGGGGCUUCCUGCCCUAUGUCUUUCAAGUAUGUGCUGGAUUUAGCCGCGAAUCUCUGCUGAGCAUCCUUGAGAGUCUCGCCGAAAAGUGUCUUCAAUCCUACGGAUUGGAACGUUGCGAAAAUUCCCACCUUGUCUGUCUCCGUAUGAUGCAAAGCUUCGUCCCGUCAUGGACUAGACAGGAAGAAGAUGACUUUCAGGCUUCGGCAACUGACAUAUACACAUGGUUUGUGGACAUACUUUUCGCAAAAAAGAGAGCAUCAUCCUCAGUUUUGAUCGCAAUGACUGAGCUGUUAGGGAAUAUUCUUGCUCAAAAUUCUGCGUAUACAAGCGGCCCAGCAAGUCCUUCUCCACGAACCUGUCUCUUCACAAUACUUCGGGAGGGAAACGCCUCGGUGAAGUUCAAGGCUGGUGAAUUGAUUCCUCAACUUUUCGGCAGGUUCCCUCUCGCCGACCAUGACGCUAUAUUCAGUGAUGUGUUGAAUAACCUACCUAGAGACCCUGAUUGGAUGGAAGGAAUUGCUCUUCGCCUAUUCAUGCUGGCUCGCCUUGCUUCAAUGUGGCACACCCUGCUCCGUAGGAGCAUUUAUCACAUGUUCGAAACCCCUGCUCAUGUUCCAUCCUCACUCUGUUACGCUGAGAAGUGCAUGAGGGAAGUUGCUAGAAAACUUGGGCUCCAAGAUGCUAAAGAGCUCUUCCGCUUGUUUUGUUCCCAAAUUAUCUACACGUGGACCGAAGGGCAGUCGAUUACCUCAUUGCCUUUUAGUGUCUUCGGUUAUACCAGCACCAAAGAGAUGUUGAGUGAUGUACAAGAUGAAGCUGUUGGUCAAAUCAUGAUGCGUUGGAAUGAGCAUGAAGCGAAUGAGCUCGCGGCUUGUACUGGCACACCAUUUGCUGAACUUCUAGCCGCAUCUUUCCAUCAAGCUGAGGCUUACAGCAUAGCCCGUGACAUCAGUGUUCCUCCUAGCCAAGGGAGCCAACCCACGGGCGUGGAAAAUCAACUAAAGAAGAUGAUGGGUGCAGAUAGGUUCAUUUCAUUGGUUGAAACGCAUUUUCCGCAAGUCAUAGCAACCUUUUUCGGAACUCUUGAUCAAUACGACCAAUUUGAGAGAGCACUUCAGAAGCGGAGUAACUUCCGUGAAGCCCACGAAACCCUGAAUUCUAUUAUUGAAAGGAGCUACUCGAGCGUCGUGCUACCUGCCAAUCAACAACCGUCGUUCAGGGCUCGUUACCUCAUCGACGAGCUCGAUUUCAUCUGCAAGCGCAGUGGAUAUGAACUAGCGACCAUCUGGACACCUGCGCUGGCAACUUACGUUUGCCGAACAUUGUUGGAUACUAUCCAUCCAGCCCUCGGCUCUCUCCACACUUGCUCUGUGAUUCGAAAAAUCAGGAUUCUUGUCAGUAUUGCUGGUCCUGUCAUGCUGCGAGAUUAUCCAUUCGAAAUGGUCAUUCAUGCUCUCCGACCCUAUCUGAUAGAUAUUUUCUGCGCAGAGGAUGCACUCGGUAUCUUCUGGUACAUGCUGGACGCAGGCAAAGAUUAUUUGAGCGAGAGUCCCGGUCUUAUGGCUGGGAUCGUGGUUACCACACUGCUCUCCUUGAGAAGAUUUGUGUCUUCACCACCGGCAGAUUCAACACAGCAGGACCUUUUGCAGCAGGUACUCGCCAAACUAGCAGAGUUUCUGGCAUGGCUCAACGAGUUCCUGGACUCUUAUGAGUCUUCGGCUCUGAGUCCCGAAAAGUCUGAAUUGUUCAAGGUCUUGAUGCGCUCAUGCUCAGCAACGACUAAUGCCCAACGAGACGCACAAAGCGAGAAUGAGCAUACCUUGCUUCUGCAUGUCCUUGAUGACAAAAGUGCCGUGAAUAGUCUCCUCAGCGAACCUGUGUCGGAUCAUAUUGUAUCAUUGCUAUGCGCCGAAAAAGAACUUCCACGAGAUCACAUGCUCCAUCUUGAUUCUAUUGAGAGUGAUGUGGUAGCUACCUCGAGUGCUGAGCUAGUUUGUCAAAUGAUACAGAAGUUCGAGUGCCGUGUUGAGUACAAGCUCUGGGCUGCUAAGGUGAUUGGGAAAGCGUUUGCCGCUACAGGUAGUAUCAGUGACACUCUAUCAAGAGAACAGGAGCCUGCAUUAUCUGAAACGCCUCAGCAUCGGGCAGUCCCGGAUCCAACACACUGCUCUAAAGUCAGUAUCUUGGUCCAGCUUUGCAAUAUGCUGCAGAAUAGCAGUCGUGCUGAGGUUGGCCUUAUCGAGCGUACAAUGCAACUUAUCGUCAGCAACCUAAGCAAUUAUCCUGAGCUUGACUACUGCCGCAGUAUCAUCUCGCCUUCCCUUCUCAGCGCCUUGACAUGGGAUCCUUACCACUGCCCUGAUAUUCCUGCGCGCCUAAGAAAAGCAGACGCAGACGACGUGCUAGAAUGGGAUGCUAGCGCCUCAGCAUUUGACUUUGCUAAAGAUGUCGGACUAUUCUUGUCAAAAGCAGCUUCUGAAGACCCCGUGGUUGGCCCCUUGCACACGCUGUUGAAUGUCAUGCCAAAUUUAGCGGUGCAGAUCCUGCCACAAAUCCUUCAUGAAGUCUUGCUAGCAGACCUGCAAGGAGAGGUACAUGUUCGUCAUGCGAUCUCCGAAGUCUUCAAGAAGGUGCUACGGCAGGUCGAUGAGACGACCAUACCUCAUGCAAGGCUUGUGAUAAAUUGCAUUCUCUAUCUCCGAAAUCAGCCAUGGCCGGACGAGUCGACCAUUGUGGAUCGAGACGCAUGGCUCGACAUCGAUUUCGCUCAGGCUGCUUCAGCAGCCAGUCAAUGCUUUUUGCCGAAGACGGGGCUUCUUUUUCUCGAAAUUUGUGCCUCUCGCCUGACGCCCACAUCUCGUCGUUCCUCGCUCGCCAAGUACGAAGCGCCACCGGAAAUCCUGCACGCUCUCUACCGAGAGAUAGACGAUCCUGAUAUCUUUUAUGGCAUCCAGGAGGAGCCGUCUUUGGAAGCCGUUAUGGACAAGCUCGAACAUGAGAGCUCUGGAUUCAAGAACUUGUUGUUUCAAAGUGCGCAAUAUGACAGUGAGAUUCAAAUGGGAGGAACUGCGAGUGUCCACGGUGUCUUGAAAGCACUCCAUUCAACGAAUCUCCAAGGCAUAGCAAACUCCGUGUUUGUGGCCUCCGGAAACUCGAAGGACACUUCGCUGUCCCUCGACAGCAUGCUUCAGACAGCGACCAGUUUGCGACAGUGGGAUAUUCCUGUGUCACCUUUGCAUGCAUCGCCGCCAGGGGCGGUUUUUCGCACUUUUCAGAGUCUCAGCACGUCAGGAACACUGGCUGAUAUCUCAACCUCCGUCAACGAGUGCCUCCUGAGUAGCCUGGAGCUGUUGAAUAGCAACAGUCGGUCAGUGAGCGGCUUAAGGACUGCCAUGAGGGUCCUGGGAAUCAUGACAGAAGUCAGCGAUGUCUUAUGCGCGCGAUCGGCGGAUGAACUUGAUGAAGAGUGGCAGAAGAUAGCAUCCAGAAAUUCCUGGCUGAGAACAACCAGCCCGAACGAAGUCGGGGAGAUCUUGACCUGCCAUGAGGCACUUUUCUCUACAAUCAAGCAAAAAGGCAUUUUGAAGUCAGCAAUCAAUCUUCAGGAUUCUGACGCGCACUUGUUGGAAAUCAAGGUUUUUCGCCAGUCGCUCGAGAUUGCACGAAGCCACGGUAUAUCGCAGGCCUCGCUGAAGAUCGCGUUUUGUCUACAAAAGCUUGCAUCUGAAAGCGCCCUACUGGGCAUUGACACUGGAGGCGCGGCAAAAUUCGAUCUUGCUAAUGUUUUAUGGGACCAAGGCGAAAUGGCGGCGUCAAUUAAAAUGCUCCAGCAGCUAAAGGAUAGGAAUGACUUACACAAGCAAGCAGUGCCUAUCAGCCGCGCGGAACUUCUCGUAACUCUGGGUCACCGCACGGCAGAAGCACGGUUGGAAAAACCGGAAACCAUCAUACAAGACUACAUGUCGGUGGCAGUGAAGGAACUAAAACACCGCGCCCAAGGAGAGGAUGCUGGCCGAGUUUACCACGGCUUUGCAAUGUUCUGCGAUCAGCAAUUACAAAACCCUGACGGGCUGGAAGAUUUCAGACGAGUUGAACAACUGCGGAACCGUAAAGAGCAAGAAGUUAUCGCGUUGGAAGAGAUGAUGGCGCAGGCAUCUGGCAGAGAAAAAGAAGCCCUCAAAUUUCACCGGUCCAAGACGAAGCAGUGGUUUGACCUUGAUGAUCGAGAUUACCAACGUCUGCUACGCAGCCGGGAAGCCUUCCUUCAGCAAUGUCUUGAGAACUAUCUGCUGUGCUUGAGAGAGAGCGAGUCAUGGAACAACGAUGCCCUCCGUUUCUGCGCGUUGUGGCUUGACAAGUCCGACAGCCCAAUCGCGAACAUGGCUGUGUCGAAGUAUCUUCAUCAAGUCCCCAGCCGCAAAUUCGCAUCCUUGAUGAAUCAGUUGACAUCUCGUCUCCUAGAUGUUCCCGAUGAGUUCCAAAAGAUGCUCUUUGCGCUGAUAUAUCGCAUUUGCGUCGAGCAUCCUUUCCAUAGCAUGUACCAGAUUUUCGCGAGUAGCAAAUCCAAGGGUGGCAAAGAUGAAUUGGCCCUAUCGCGCUACCGGGCAGCCAACAAGCUGGUGGACGGCCUCAAGAACGACAAACGCAUGGGAUUGACCUGGGUCAAUGUUCACAACGCUAACAUUAGCUAUGUGCGAUUCGCGAUUGACAAGCCGGACGACAAGCUAAAGAGUGGUGCCAAGGUUCCAUUGAAGAAGUUGGCUACCGGUCAACGCCUCGAACGGGAUGCAGCUGACUUGAAACUACCGCCUCCAACAAUGCGAAUCGAGAUUCGCCUUGACUGUGACUAUAGUGACGUACCCAGGCUCCAAAGGUACCAGCCCGAGUUUACAAUUGCUUCUGGUGUCAGUGCUCCGAAGAUUGUCACGGCAAUUGCUAGCAACGGCCAACGCUACAAGCAACUGUUCAAAGGAGGAAACGAUGACCUGCGACAAGAUGCUAUCAUGGAACAGGUCUUUGAACAAGUCAGCAGCCUUCUCAAAGAUCACCAAGCCACUCGACAACGUAACCUGGGAAUCCGCACCUAUAAGGUGCUUCCCCUCACUUCGAAUGCUGGAAUUAUUGAGUUCGUUCCCCAUACGAUCCCACUCCACGACUACUUGAUGCCAGCACAUCAGAAGUACUUCCCGAAAGACAUGAAGCCGAACGUGUGCCGUAAACAUAUUAGCGACGUGCAGACGCGGUCGUUCGAGCAAAGGGUCCGAACCUACCGUCAAGUGACGGAACAUUUCCAUCCAGUGAUGAGGUUUUUCUUCAUGGAGAAGUUCAACAACCCUGACGACUGGUUCGCCAAGAGACUCGCAUACACUCGGAGUACAGCAGCUAUCUCAAUUCUAGGUCAUGUCCUAGGACUGGGUGAUCGACAUGGCCAUAACAUCCUGCUGGAUGAGAGGACUGGUGAGGUGGUCCACAUUGAUCUGGGCGUCGCCUUUGAACAAGGCCGAGUUCUCCCGGUCCCCGAAGUGGUCCCCUUUCGUCUUACACGCGACCUAGUGGACGGGAUGGGGAUUAGCAAGACUGAAGGCGUCUUCAGGCGCUGUUGCGAGUUUACUCUGGAUGCCCUACGGCAGGAGUCGUAUAGCAUCAUGACGAUCCUGGAUGUGCUCCGAUACGACCCGCUCUACAGCUGGACAGUGUCCCCGCUGCGACUGAAAAGGAUGCAAGACGCACAGGAUGCGGCGGAUGAGGACGGACCUCCAGUAAUCACUGGCAAUAUGGACCAGCGAUCGGCCAACGAGCCAAGUGAAGCAGACCGCGCCCUCACGGUGGUAGCGAAGAAGUUGGGCAAAACGUUGAGCGUGACGGCCACGGUGAACGAACUUAUCCAACAAGCCACGGAUGAAAAAAAUCUUGCAGUCCUAUACUGCGGCUGGGCCGCAUAUGCUUGAGUUGGCAGUGAGACUUCGAAUUCUUCAUAAUCUUGUUCUAUUGUUGCACUAUGUCUUGAGCGCACAUUUCUUCCAAUAUAGAACGAUUCGGUGACAGAUAGUUUGCUGCAUCGCAGUGUUGGACGAACUAUAUAUUCGGC